GAGUUAGUGGUGCUUCUGAGCCCAGGUAUGGAGCUUGGCAAGGCCGAGCUGGGACUUCGUGAACUGUAAGCAGCUUUUCCCUGGGCCCCUUCUCCCUCAGGAGAAGCCUGGGGCCCUGCGCGAGCUGGGGGCUCUGCAACUGGGAUCUGGAGCAGCAUCUGGGAGAGGCCUCUUUCAGGCCCUGCCUGUGCCACCCGGUUUGAGGACUUCCUGUUCCAGGAGCACCCGCCUAGGAGGGGUGGGUGUCGCUGAGGAGCUUGUGCGGAUGCCCUGGCAAGGAGGCCUUAGCCUCCUCUCUGCAGGUCUGCCGCUUUGGUUGUUCUUCCCCUUCAGCUCAGGCGCUGGGGGGAAAUUCACGUCUAGGGUGCUUGGGGCUGGGCUUACAGCUGUGUCUCCCUGAGUUUUUUUUCUGUCAUCUCUAGCUGUGGCUCAUUAAGGCAGAGAAACAGGCUGUCUUUCGCCUCUCAUGAGCUCAGGUGAAUCUCUUUCUGAUGAAAAGAACCUUGUGGCGGGACUCCAGGUCCCAGAGCCCCCCACGUGUAACUCCCUCCUCCCAACACUCCUUCCCCCUUCCCCGCAUCUUUCAGUCAUGUUUCUCUCAACCUCUGCAUCUGCUCAAGAAUCUGACUCUCCUUGGUGAGAACAUGGGCCGAGUGCUAAAUGAAGAGAAGUGGAAAUCUCGUCUCCGUGAUGUUGGGGUCGGGCGGCCUGGCAUGUCACCUGGGAGCCGGAUGCCCAUGGCUGGCUUGCAGGUGGGACCCCCUGCUGGUUCCCCAUUUGGUACAGCUGCUCCACUUCGACCUGGCAUGCCACCCACCAUGAUGGAUCCAUUCCGAAAACGCCUGCUUGUGCCCCAGGCCCAGCCCCCGAUGCCUGCCCAGCGCCGGGGGUUAAAGAGGAGGAAGAUGGCAGAUAAAGUUCUACCUCAGCGAAUUCGGGAGCUUGUCCCAGAGUCUCAGGCGUACAUGGAUCUCUUGGCUUUUGAGCGGAAGCUGGACCAGACCAUUGCUCGAAAGCGGAUGGAGAUCCAGGAGGCCAUCAAAAAGCCUCUGACGCAAAAACGAAAGCUGCGGAUCUAUAUUUCCAAUACGUUCAGUCCCAGCAAGGCAGAAGGUGACAGUGCAGGAAGCGCAGGGACCCCUGGGGGAACCCCAGCAGGGGACAAGGUGGCUUCCUGGGAACUCCGAGUAGAGGGAAAACUGCUGGAUGAUCCUAGUAAACAGAAGAGGAAGUUUUCUUCAUUCUUUAAGAGCCUCGUCAUUGAGCUGGACAAGGAACUGUACGGGCCUGACAACCACCUAGUGGAGUGGCACCGGAUGCCCACCACCCAGGAGACAGAUGGCUUCCAAGUGAAACGGCCUGGAGACCUCAAUGUCAAGUGCACCCUCCUGCUCAUGCUGGAUCAUCAGCCUCCCCAGUACAAGUUGGACCCCCGACUGGCAAGGCUGCUGGGGGUGCACACACAGACGAGGGCUGCCAUCAUGCAGGCCCUGUGGCUCUACAUCAAACACAAUCAGCUGCAGGACGGCCACGAGCGCGAGUACAUCAACUGCAACCGCUACUUCCGCCAGAUCUUCAGUUGUGGCCGACUCCGUUUCUCUGAGAUUCCCAUGAAGCUGGCUGGGCUGCUGCAGCAUCCAGACCCCAUUGUCAUCAAUCAUGUCAUUAGCGUGGACCCGAACGACCAGAAGAAGACUGCCUGUUAUGACAUUGACGUGGAGGUGGAUGACCCGCUCAAGGCCCAGAUGAGCAAUUUUCUGGCCUCUACCACCAAUCAGCAGGAGAUUGCCUCUCUCGAUGUCAAGAUCCACGAGACCAUCGAGUCCAUCAACCAGCUGAAGACCCAGAGGGAUUUCAUGCUCAGCUUUAGCACUGACCCCCAGGACUUCAUCCAGGAAUGGCUCCGUUCCCAGCGCCGGGACCUCAAGAUCAUCACUGAUGUGAUUGGGAAUCCUGAGGAGGAGAGACGAGCUGCCUUCUACCACCAGCCCUGGGCCCAGGAAGCAGUGGGGAGGCACAUCUUUGCCAAGGUGCAGCAGCGAAGGCAGGAACUGGAACAGGUGCUGGGAAUCCGCCUGACCUAACUGCUCAGGGAUCCCUUUCUUCCCAGCCCUGGAGCCACCCCCUCCUCGGCCUAGAAGGGGACCACCCUCUGGAGUGCCGACGCUUAGGAUAAGGAGGGGGUGAGAGGUGUCUCCUGACACCCUCUGCUCCCAGCUUUCGUUUCAAAAUGUAGUGAUAGGAUUCCUUGUUGCUUGGUCCCCAAAGCCUUAUUAUUUUACACGUUGGCUUUAAUUGGGUUCACAGGAGGCCUCCUCUGCCCCCUGCAGGCAGGCCCGAGUAGGACCUGGAGGCUGUGCUUUGACAUUGUAAGGAGACCUUUCAGAACCAAAGGCCACUCUGGCUUUGCUUGUUUACAGACCCCCUGAGGGCGAGUGUCGGAGCUGGCUCUGGGGAGCUGGGCGAGGAAGAGGGGCACAGCUCACACUCUUCCUAGCCUUUCCAAACCAAAGUUCUUUGCCAUUCCUACCAGCCCAGCCUUGCUGCUGGCUUUUUCCUUUCCUUUGGGUAUUUGCACUAUUUGUGGAGCAGGUUUUUCUAUGCGGGAGCCACUUUUUAUACAGGGGAAAGCUGGGGUUUUUCAGGGAGCCCUACUUGGUGCCUCCUUCCUUCUUUUCUUUCCUUGAUCUAUGCAAGCGGCUCCAGCCGCCAUCAUCUCCUGGGAUGCCAGAGGGCCGCCGCCCCAGCUCUUGGGCUCGGGGGCGGGGGGGGGGGAGCACCUCUUAGAGGAAGGGUGCACUCUAUUCUCGGGCACGGCCUGAGGUGUGGGUGUGCAGGCUUGCUGGAGGGCAGGGGGAGAAGAGCAGUGGGCAGGACUGCUGUUGCCCUUUGGAGCUCGGUAAGGAGGGUGGGUGGGCCUAGGGCUUGGCAAGUGCCACUUCUGGCAGGUUUGGAAAUUUCCAAAUAAAUCUUUUGUUUAUUGGUGGUACCCAGA